AUGAUCGCAUUUGCCAACGCCACGACAGCCACGUCUGGGCUCGCCAAACUCAACCAGACGCCCUUUUACUUUCAGCCCCAGCCAAGCGUCGUCCCAGGCAUCUCGGACAAGUACCUCUCCUUAGCACUGCCCAUCAUCAUCUACUGGGUCGCCUCUCUCUUUUACCAUGCACUUGACACGCUUCAGCUGCCAUUCACAGAAAAGUACCGCUUGCACGAAUCAGAAGAAGUCACCAAGCGGAAUCGGGUCGGCGUAACGCGCGUAAUUGUCAUGGUGGUGGUGCAGCAGAUCAUUCAAACCGUGUUUGGUGUCUUGCUCCUCGAUGACGACUCGGUCGGACUUGAACAGACGUUUGCCGAUCAUCCAGCCAAGAUUCUUGACAUCGCCGCCUUCCUCCGCUCCACCACAACCAAGCUGCUUGGCGUAUCACUGGAGCCUGCUACGACCAAGCUGCUUUUCGCAAGCCAGGACGCCCUUUCAGCAGCCUGGUGGCUGUACUGGUGGGGCAUCCCCACAGCUCAGCUCUGGUUCGCCUUCUUUGUCAUGGAUGCAUGGCAGUACACCUUGCAUCGCCUCUUCCACGAAAGCCGUUUUCUGUACCGCCACUUUCACUCGCACCACCACCGGCUCUACGUACCUUACGCCUUUGGCGCGCUCUACAACCAUCCCGUCGAAGGUCUACUGCUCGACUCGGCAGGCGCUGCCAUCUCACACGCUGCUGCGCUCAUGACGGUUCGUCAAGGCAUUCUACUCUUCACCUUUUCCACCCUUAAAACCGUCGCCGAUCACGGCGGAUAUGCAUUCCCCUGGUACCUCGACCCCCUCCACAUACUCUUCCCCAACUGUGCCGAGUACCACGAUGUACAUCACCAAAUGACAGGCUUGCGCUACAACUACUCGCAGCCCUUCUUUGUCCACUUUGACGUGCUCUUCGGCACGCGCAUUUCCGCGGACAAGUUCCAGAAGAUGAAAAAGCUCGCAGAGCAGAAGCGCGCCGCCGAGAAGAGUUCGGCAGCGGCAGUCGACGCCAAGGUCAACGGCUCGUCGACACCAUUACCCCAGCUCAGCGGCAAGGACGUAACUCCAGCAGAGAUCGUCAAUAACACCAAGGAUCCAUUCGUAACAUCCAGUAAGCGGUCGUACGUUGCCAAAGCAGGUUCGUCCACGGACGACUAG